AGAGAAGAAGUACAUGCUCCCUCUGGACAACCUGAAGGUCCGCGAUGUGGAGAAGAGUUUCAUGUCCAGCAAGCACAUAUUCUGUAUUUUCAAUACAGAGUUAAGGAAUGUGUACAAGGACAAUCGCACUCUGGAGUUGGCCUGUGACUCUCAGGAUGAUGUGGACAGCUGGAAAUCUUCUCUCCUACGUGCCGGUGUCUAUCCUGAGAAAGUCACUACGGUUGAGAGUGAGACUACCACUGCCACAGAUAACUUCUCCAUGGAUCCUCAGCUGGAGCGUAAAGUGGAAACCAUUCGUAACCUGGUGGACUCCUACAUGGCUAUUGUCAACAAGUGCAUCCGGGACCUCAUGCCUAAGACCAUCAUGCAUCUCAUGAUCAACAAUGUGAAGGAUUUCAUCAAUGCUGAGCUGCUGGCCCAGCUGUACUCUGCAGGCGACCAGAACACCCUGAUGGACGAGUCCCAGGAGCAGGCCCAGAGAAGGGAUGAGGUGCUGAGGACCCACCAGGCCCUGAAGGAGGCCCUGGCCAUCAUCGGGGACAUCUCCACCUCCACCAUCACCACCCCCAUGCCUCCGCCUGUUGACAACUCCUGGUUGGGAGGAUCCACUGGUCGCAG